ACAACUGACAGACAUUCUGUCCAUUUCACAUAUAGUUUUCAGGUGAAAAAAAUUGCAAGAUGAAAACAUGUCUGAAAAUACUUAUGAUCGUCUGCAACAUUGCCAUCUUUUUAGGAGGAGCUGCAAUUCUGUUCAUUGGAGGUUUAUUCCAAUUUACUAAAAACAAUAUAUCUGAGCUGCUGGGUAACAAUACAAUGAUCUCCCAAGAAUUAACACAUCUGACUAAGGUCGGCUACCUGCUGAUUGCUAUCGGGGGUGUAACUACCUGUUUGGGCUUACUGGGCUGCUGCGGAGCCUGCUGCGACAAUAAGUGCCUGCUCAUGAUCUUUUUCAACAUCAUCUUCAUUGUGUUUGUCAUGGAGGUGAUUGCAGCAGUGCUCCUUCUGCUUAAACGGCCUGUGGCUGAAAAGAUUUUGGAGAAAAUCAGUAAUAAAGUGGUUACAAGCAUUAAGGAGACCUAUGGUCAAAACUACAUCAUUACUAAAGCGUGGAAUGAGAUGAUGAACCUGAUGCAAUGCUGUGGCUACAACAACUACACUGACUUCCAAGGCACCAAGUUUGUAAACCAGACCUCACUAUACCCCAAUUUCUGCUGCCUUAAUGAACAAUCUCUACGGUGUGAUUCGGUAAAAGCUGAAUCAGUGGGUGUAAAUGGUUGUUUCAAGGCUGUGGUGAACUGGGUGUCAAGUAAAGCUACUUUUCUAAGAGGCGUGGCUAUUUGUGUCGCUGCUAUCCAGGUUGCUGCAAUGUUAGUAUCCCUGCUACUAUACAAGAGCUAAAGUAUAACUGGGAAUUUAAGUCGAAUAAGAUUAUCUAAUAAUAAUAUGUUCUUUAAUAUAUAAACAAAAUUAUACAUGGUUUGUUCAUUUAGCACAUUUCAUACAUACGUAUGCAAAUAACCAAACAAGCCAAAUACAUUUUCUGAUUUAUAUUUUAUAUAUUCAUACAUGUUAACAUGUUUGUUUAAUGGUAUUUUUGUUUUUAUUUUUUGCAUUUCUGUGGUUACUUUUCUAUUAACAAUGUGGCUGCAUUCUGUGUAAUAUUACUGUAAGGUUAUUAUUUCAGUAAUAGCAUUUUUUUUUUACUGUAAAGUAUUUGCUUAAAUGCUUAAAAAUACCUAUGUAUUUAUAGCUAUAAUAUGUAUUCAUCAAAUGAUUCAAAGUCAUAAGACGUGAGCAUUAUGUCAAUAAAAGAUGGUGUGUGUUUCU